ACGGCCUAUAUGGUAAUAUUGAAUUUUACGAUUCGAUUUUCACAAUAGAUAUAUUGAACGAAGGCUGACCGUAAGCAACGUGUAAUUAUCAUGUUAUAAUGGCUAAUGGUCGCAAUAAAAAUAUGCCGUCUCGCGUCAUUUGUUAAAUAACAAUAAUUUUUUUUUUCUUUCGUAACAGUACAUUGUAAAAAAUUUCAACUCUAAAAGUCUAUAUCAUUCGCGUGUUAAUUUACUCACUCCGUACGUGCGCGUGUGUUACAAUAAUCCAUCAAAGUAUAUAUAUAUUUAAUUAUUAUAAUAUUUUUAAUAAUACGUAUAGUUCAACAUGCGGGUCUUGAUCAUUUUCGCGUUGAUUAUUGAACACGUUUUUGGUAUAAAUCCGCUGAUCAGUGUGCACCAGGGCCAGUUGAAAGGCAAACAAUAUUUGUCAAGAAGCGGACGGAAUUUUUUCGCUUUCCAAGGUAUACCGUACGCCAAACCACCGGUUGGAAAUCUCCGGUUCGAGGCUCCUGAACCGGCCGGUCCCUGGAAAGGGACGCUGAACGCCACGUCCGAACCGUCCAUGUGCAUCCAAAAGAAUCUGUUCAUGUACCAGACAUCCGACGUGCUACUCGGCAGCGAGGAUUGUCUGUAUUUGAACGUUUACACGCCCACGCUGCCUAAAAUAGGUGUAAAAAAUUUACCCGUCAUGGUGUGGAUUCCCGGAGGAGGUUUCAGCUCGGGUCACGGUGGUAUGCGGCUUUACGGUCCUAAGUACCUGAUGGACAAGGACGUUGUUUUGGUCACAAUUAAUUACAGGAUCGGCAUUUUGGGAUUUUUGAGUGUUGAAGAUGACGUCUUGCCGGGAAAUUAUGGUUUGAAAGACCAAGUCCUGGCAUUGCGUUGGGUCCAAGAAAAUAUCGCCAAUUUCGGGGGCGAUAACAAACAGGUCACGUUGUUCGGAGAAAGUGCAGGUGGCGUGAGUGUAGGACUUCAUUUAUUAUCGCCAUUGAGUAAAGGAUUAUUUCAUAAAGCGAUUUUACAAAGUGGUAGUCCUUUAUGUUUGUGGGCUGUAUUGUCACCGGGCUUAGCUAAACGACGGGCCCAAGCUGUCGCCACAAUUUCAGGCUGUCCUUCCGAGUCAAAAGAAAUGAUUGAUUGUUUAAGACGUUUACCAGCAGAAAUAUUUGUUCAGUUACAGAGGAAUUUUUUCGAAUGGCAAAUGCAUCCGUCAGUCACUUUUGCGGCAGUCGUCGAAAAGUGUCGCAAAAAUAAAAAUUCAUUUUUGUGCGAUUAUCCUAUGAAAUAUUAUAAGCAAGAAUCACUCGUACCUACUAUAAUCGGACUGAAUUCAGGGGAAGGUGGAUUUUUCGUAUCUCGUUUGUACAACGAAAGCGGUCUGAUCUAUCCAGAUGUGAAAGACAACUUCAAAAGAGUGAUGCCUGUAAUGCUGCAAUAUCACUUUACGGCUUCGUACAAGGACGUCGACAUUAUCAGCGACAGUCUGAAAGAGCAUUACUUCCCGGAGGGCACGUCGAUAGAAGAAAAUCCGAUGAAAAUGGUCGAUAUGGUCACUGGUGGUAUAUUUAUGAAAGGAGUCAUCGACAUGGCUCGAAACAUAAUGUCACCCGUGUACUUCUACGUGUACGAUUAUGUGAACAAGAACUCGCUGAACUCGUUCUUCGGACCGUGUACAAAACAUUUAGGCGUUACACACGGCGAUGAAAUGACCAACCUAUUUGAUUUCGUAGGAAUGCGGUUAAACGAACACGACAGAAAUGUUUCCAGGCUUAUGGUGGAUAUAUGGACGAAUUUCGCUAGCUCCGUGAAGGUGACUAUAGACGGAACAAGUACGGGAGUUCUGUGGCCAAGAUAUAACAAAGACGAAAUGGAAUAUUUAUUGAUUAAAUCAGCUACACCAAUACUAUCCAAGAAACCGUUCCUGGAUGAGUAUAAAUUUUGGAGUGAACUGCCGCUGAUGUCUAACGUCAAUAUUCGGAAACUUUCCAAAACAGAACUAUGAUUGAGCAAACGUUGACAUUUUAAAGUACAUUUUACUAUAAUCAUCGAAUCGCGUUUGUGUUUAUAAAUCGGUUAAGUUUUUAAAAGUGUUUUAAGUUUAAAUUAUUUUUAACAAUAAUAAAUACAAUAAACCUAUGUUAACGAAUAGUAAUAGCAAUAGCAUGGACUUCGGAAGUACAAUUGUUAAAAACCGAUUCUCUCUUUUCGUCUAAAAAUAUAAAAUGAAGUCAAUAUAAUUGAUCUUAUAAAACUAUUUUCAGGUAUACUAAU